AUGGCGUCGCCGCCGCCGCCGAGGGAAUCCGGAUUCUUCCAGUGUCCGCAGCCUCGGUGGCCGUGUGAGGCGCGCGCAGCAAGAGCAACCCCCGGGAGUGGCAUACCGCUGUCUCCGGCCAGCCGGCAUGGAGGAGAGGCCAUAGAUCGCCGGCACGCGCCUCCGCCGCCGCCGGACGCGGCGGCGGAGCAGGGCCAGGAGCUGCAGCUCCCGGCGGACAUCGACUGGGACCGCCUCGACAAGGCGCGCUUCUUCCUCCUCGGCGCGGGGCUCUUCUCCGCCGUCUCCGCCGCGCUCUACCCCGCCGUCGUCCUCAAGACGCGCCUGCAGGUCGCGCCGGAGCCACCCCCGGCGCACGCCGCCGCGGCGGGGGCGCGAGCCGGAGCAGGGCUCCCGCCCUCCGCCGCCGCCGCGGCCACCACCAUCCUGCGCCGGGAGGGCGCCCUCGCCUUCUACCGCGGCUUCGCCACCUCCCUCGCCGGGACCGUCCCCGCGCGCGCGCUCUACAUGGGCGCGCUCGAGGCCACGCGCUCCGCCGUCGGCCCGGCCAUGCUCAGCCUCGGCGCGCCGGAGCCCGCCGCGUCCGCGGUCGCGGGCGCCGCGGCCGGACUCACCGCCGCCGUCGCCGCGCAGGUCGUCUGGACCCCCGUCGACGUCAUCAGCCAGCGCCUCAUGGUGCAGGGCAACCCGUGCCCGGCCUCCCGCUACCACGGCGGCCUCGACGCCUUCCGCAAGAUCGUAGCCUCCGACGGCCUCCGCGGCCUCUACCGCGGCUUCGGCAUGUCCAUCCUGACCUACGCCCCUUCCAAUGCCGUGUGGUGGGCAACGUACUCACUGUCGCAGAAGGCAAUCUGGAGCGGGAUCGGCUGCUACCUGUGCCAGUACGGUGUGGGUGUGCGAGAAAUCGACCACGGCGAAGGAGACACCUCAUUCGAGCCCAGCUGCAAGACUCUCAUGGUGGUGCAGGGAGCCAGUGCCGCGAUGGCUGGCGGCGCCGCGGCGCUCGUGACCAUGCCACUGGACACCAUCAAGACCAGGAUGCAAGUCAUGGACGGCCACGGCGAGCCAAUCACCAUCGGUCGUACUGUGCGCAAGCUGAUCAAGGAAGGCGGGUGGGGCGCCUGCUACAGGGGGCUCGGCCCGAGGUGGGCGUCCAUGUCCUUGUCUGCCACCACCAUGAUCACCACCUAUGAGUUCCUCAAGCGCCUCUCGGCCAAGAAGGGGCAUGACAGUCCAUGACUUCUGAUGGAAGUAUAGAUAGUGCAGUUAGGUGUUUUUGCUUGGUUUGUUUCGUUCCUUUCCACAGCUUAUCUCAUCUUUCAGGUGUCGAAAGGAGAAUGGUGAUCAAGUGUUUGUACAUAGUGUCUUUGUUUGUAACCAUAGCUUAUCAAUCAAAGCAAUCAACUUUAUUUC